UGGAGGACGCCCAGAGACAGAGGCGUCAGCAGCAGGAGCAGGAGCAGGAGCGGAGAGGCUCUGCCUGAGGCGGCUGGACGAAGUCUGGGCAAAAUGGCGACCGCCGGUCCCACCGACUCGGGCUCGACUGCCCCGCCAGGGUCUAGUGGAAGUCGAAAAAUGGCAUCACCAGAGGGUCCAGGGUCGUCUCAGAGCAUGAAGAAGACCAUUGGUCACAGAGGUGUUGACCCUACAGGAGAGACUACAUACAAAAAGACAACCUCCUCUGCACUGAAAGGUGCUAUCCAACUAGGCAUCACUCAUACAGUGGGGAGCUUGAGCCAGAAGGCUGAAAGAGAUGUCCUCAUGCAGGACUUUUACGUGGUAGAGAGCAUCUUCUUUCCUAGUGAAGGCAGUAACUUGACACCUGCACAUCAUCAUGGGGACUUCAGGUUUAAAACUUAUGCCCCCAUCGCCUUCCGUUACUUCAGAGAGCUCUUCGGCAUUCGACCUGAUGACUAUUUGUACUCCCUGUGUAAUGAUCCUCUGAUAGAGCUUUCUAACUCAGGAGCAAGUGGCUCUAUCUUCUAUGUCUCCAGUGAUGAUGAGUUCAUCAUUAAAACGGUCCAGCACAAAGAAGCAGAGUUCUUACAGAAACUACUGCCAGGAUAUUUUAUGAACUUGAACCAGAACAAGAGAACCCUACUGCCCAAGUUCUAUGGACUGUACUGCGUGCAGUCUGGUGGGAAGAACAUCCGAAUUGUUGUGAUGAACAACCUGCUGCCGCGCUCUGUCCCGAUGCAUCUCAAAUACGACCUGAAGGGCUCCACAUACAAACGUCGUGCCUCACCUAAAGAGCGGGAGAAGGGUGUGCCCACAUAUAAAGAUCUGGACUUCAUUCAGGACAUGCCUGAGGGCAUCCAGCUAGAACCAGACAAUUACAACGCUCUCAGCAAGACCAUCCAAAGGGAUUGCCUGUUAUUGCAGAGCUUUAAGAUUAUGGAUUACAGUUUGCUGGUUGGAAUUCAUAAUGUGGAUCAAGCCUGCCGUGAACGUGUCGGAACAGUAGAAAGCAAAGGGGCGGAGGGGGCAGUGACGCCAGACCAACGGAGGCCACAAGCGCAGAAAGCACUCUACAGCACUGCCAUGGAAUCCAUCCAAGGAGAGGCACGAGGGAAGGGCACACUGGACAGUGAGGACCAAUGGGGAGGCAUCCCAGCCAGAAACAGUAAAGGGGAGAGACUGCUGGUUUAUAUUGGAAUUAUUGAUAUUUUGCAGUCAUACAGAUUCAUUAAGAAGUUGGAGCAUUCCUGGAAGGCACUGGUUCAUGAUGGGGAUACAGUGUCUGUCCACAGACCAGGGUUCUACGCUGAGCGAUUCCAGCGCUUUAUGUGCAACACAGUGUUCAGAAAAGCAUUAAAGUCAUCCCCAUCAAAGAAGAGUCAGAGAGGUUGCCAGAGUGUGGUCAGAAGGCUUGCCAUGGGCAAUGCCCCUACUGCCCAGUCAAGCAGCCACACGCUUCCAGACGCUCGUCUGGUCUACCGGACCCACCCUAUGCAGCCUGACCCAGAUGCAGAGAACGGUAUGCAAUCAGGCAGACCUGAUUUACUCCCAAGGACCCCUCCCUUAGCUGGAGUUUCAACUGAAACUAAUCUGCCCAACUUUUCAGCGCCCUCAAUCAGGUCAGUAGGGGUGGAGGUUCACAAAUCUGCCAGCACAGAACCUGAGAACAGCACCCCCCACAGUUUGGGGGCCGAAGCUUUGGACGAACAUCUGGGGAAUGAAGAUGCCAUUUCUCUCAAAGACAUCAUUCCAGAGACCAACAUUUGUUUUUAAAAGAAGAGUAACCCUGAUGCCCCAACCCCUAAUGGAUCGAGAGUGUAGAAAAGAAAACGGGAGAGGGGAGAACUUGAAGUCAACGGAAUAUUUAGCCUUUUCUACCUGUGGAAGAGUGCUGGAAGGAUGGCCAAACCUUUGGAGUAACUGCACAGUGGUGAAGGAGAGGUGUAACAGAGAGGUUGUCUUAUCUCUCUUUCUCUCCAACACAGGGUAUGCUGCUAUAACUCCAGCUGUUAACUACAAGCAUCCAUCUCGACUCUUUACAGGCACCUUUCUCAAACACCUCACAUUGCUCUUAAAUGUACACACAUACUUCAUGCCACUCCAGUAUAUGCACACUCGUACAUGCACAAACGCACACAGCAGACUGAGGUGAAACGUUCUUUUACAUUUCUAUAAUACUAGAAUAUAUAUAUUAGCUGCCCUCUAAUUUUCCUACAGUUUUUGCAUCAUUAAGUAAUAUUUUUAAUAUUUGACAGUAAUGAUGUUGAAUAAGACCCUUUCAAAUUAGAGACUAGACUGGUUCAGUGCUCUAAUGAUUUUGUUACUUGAUCCCCUGUAACCUAGCACAUGAUGAUAAAAGUCAUAGUUAGUCGGUUGUAGAUGUGUGUUUACCAGUAAUCAGAAAUAGGGAGUGUACAUGCAUUAAAUUUGGUCUUAAAUGCUGCUGUAAGUUAAACUACAAUGCUGCACUGCAGUACAAAAAUCACUAUUCAAAAAACCUGAUGGUGAGAAAUGUGCCUAUGGUUUGAUAAUUGUUACAUUUACCCUGGUGCUCCUGAAAGUAUCCUACACUGUUGUGACUGGGAUCAUUGACUUCUCAUGCUGCAUAAUUCCAAACAGUGCAGAAUUACUUUAUACGUCUGCAUGAGCAGAUACAUCAGUAACAGCAUUUUAUAUUGUGAAGGCAGGUUACACAAUAUUUUUAUUAUUAUUUUCAAAUGUUUAUAUUUGAUAUUGACUUCAUAGAUUGUCCACUUCUGCUUGGUGGGAUUGCUUUUCUAGCUCCCCCCCCUGUUGAGAUCUGUGCCCUGUAAAAAUGAAGACAUCCACAAGGAUAAAAAAAAAAAAACACAGUUUUUAAAUUCCAUUUACCGGUAGCUUGACAAUAUAUAUUUAAGUGUUCACAAUUUCAUAACUUCAAAAUUAAAGUGACUUUGUAAUGAGUACUUUUCUUCCAUUCUAAAGAGAAGCUUUUUGGGAAGCAUGGAUUCUUUUGUGUUCUUUAUGAAAACACAUAUAUUACGACAUAAGUAGAACAUGCAGUACACCUUUUGCUUUGAUUUUUCUUGUUAUUUAAGUGUUAUUUUGCUCACUGGCUGUAACGACCUGUGUGCAUUUUUUUGAAUGUCUUACAAGGUGUUUUUUUUUUUUUUUUUUUGCAUGCUUUUUAUGCAUCCAUAUUUCAGUUCUGUCAGUGGCCUUCAAUCCAUUGAUGUACUGUAUUUCUGUAAGUAACUGUACAUAUAUAUAUUUUUAAUUUGCUUACUUAUUACAAAAUAGAAGACUAAUGUGCCCUAAUGAAGCAGUAGAUGUCCAAGCUAAGAAAACUAACAAAUUAAUGCAUUAACUUGUAUGUGUGUGUAUAUCUAUUGUCUUCUCAGCAUGCCUUCAAUACAGCUAUAUAAACUGUAUACUGUUGAAAAGUAAUUUCUGCUGGAUACAGAAAUUACUUGAAAACUAUCUAUACAUGGACCAACUUACAUUACUUAUGCAAAUCAGUCAUCAGGUUGAUGCUGGAGUAUUGUUAUUGGUGUAUUUGCUGACGUUUACCUCAUCUAAAAAUGCUGAAGUGCUUUAUUGUGUUUUUUUUGCGCCUUAAUCAGUAAAGAAAGCAUUUUCUUUAGAAACGCAUUAUUUACCCUGUUAUUAUCAAGAGGAUUAUUUUUUUGUAAUGGUGUGUAUUUGUUUUGGAUGAAUGUGAGUGGUCAUGGACAAAGAGACUGCUAGCCUGUUUACUCUUUAGUUGUAUAGUUUGUACUGUAAAACUGUAUGUUGGUGUGUAGUGUCUUACUCUGGUGAAGCAAGGCAGUGGACAAAUUUCUUUAAAAACUUUGCUAGGUUGAAACAGGUCUGCAUAAUCAGCCGACCUUAUCAACAUAGUCAAACCUCAACUACAUCUAAAACCUUUCAUUUUAUUUGGCUGAACAUUGUAGUCUGAUUUUAGUAUUUACAGGGCCACACAAUUUUAUGAUUGGAUGCUUAAGAAAUUAUCCAAAAUUACUUGGAAUAACAUCUUUCCACUGAUCUUAAUUAAAAGUUAAGAAUGGUUGUUCCUUCAUUUGUAAACUUGCCAUUUAAGAGAUUUUGCAUGACUGAGACAACUUUUGCUUUUGCAGUAAAAAAAAAAAAAAGGAUCAGAGUUGGAAUUGGUAUCUGUAUUCAGUAUAAGCACAUACUUGAAAAUUUGGCAUCAGUAUACAUAUUGGAAUGGAAUAAGUGAUGUCUGUGCAUUCCUGUCUCAGAGAGUACAAUUGGCUGUGCAGUAAUACACAAGGUCCAUCUUUCUUCACUUUGAGCAAAAAGCCAUUGUGUCCGCAUAAUAUAGUUUAGUUAUAGUUAUAGUUAGGAAUUCUAGACCAGCAGUGCUUAAAGAAGGCUGCUGUCAGGCUUCAUCCUGCUUACAGGUACAGUAAACUGUGCAAGUAUUUGUCCAUGACCUUAUUUUUUAUUUUAGUUACAUUGUACCUUUCUUAUAAAACUGAUUUAUUUAUUCCUAUUAUUUAUACAUUUUUGUGAAGCAUAAAAAGUGAAAAUAUGCUGGCUUUCUGAAAUAUUUUCUGCACCGUUACACAGUCAACCUCCCACAGUUAUGUAAAAUAGUGGCUAAACAAAUCCCUUAGAAAGGAAAGGAAAUGAGGGCACAGGGGUCAACAGUGGGGUAGCUGGAAUGGAAAUCAGUUAGGUCUACAUCCACUUUGCACAUUGUGGAAUCCUUAUGACUGUAAAUCACUCUAAUCAGCAGAACGUCUGUAAGAUAUGUAGUUUGGUUGGUAGUGGAGGUUGAUUGAGGUAUUGGAAGGCUUUGUUGCAACUUUUAAAAACAAAAAUGUCUUGCUAAUCCCUUACUUCUUUCUGGAACUACAGUAGCAAUCCUAGCUACAUUCUUGCAGAGAUUUUACAUUUUCCUUUUCUGAAGAUCACUUGAGUCAAGAGCUGUAAAAGGACUGGCUGUUGCAAGUGAGUAUUAUUUGGCACUCCUAACUAUUCCUGAACUUUGUUUCUUUUGCUCCAGAAACGAAUGAAUAAUUCUGAAGUGCUGUUGGGUGUUAAUUUAUAGAAGACAGGCUAUAACAGACCUUAAAAGGGGGAAAAUACAGUGACUAGGACAAACAAAAAUAGAACUUGAUUGUGGUAGUUACAAGUCUUUGGCCUGCUGAUCCAAAAUACCUAGAGUAAUAUGUUAAUCUUUUUUCGUUUAGUUAAAAGCAUGGAACAAUUUUUAUCUGACCGUGCCAAGCAACUUAAAGCUUGCAGUGGCUUUAGUAAAGAUUGUUGCAGCUAACCUGCUUUCCAAACUUGAGCACUAAAAAAAAAGAAUGGCUGAUUUUCUUUCUUCGUCUAAACUCACUGACCAGUUUUGUUUGACCCAAAUGUUGGCCGAUUCAAAUAAAGUUUUAAUUUUUUUAAUUCUACUUUUGUCAUAAAAUGUGCUUUAUAUAUGCUAUCUUUAGAUUAUUUAAAUUUUACAGCCUGUGUACAUCUACAGUAUUAACAUUUAGGCUUUCUUAAACUUUAAAAUUGCCAGAAUAUACUGAAAAAUAAUAUGUGACCCAUUUACAAAUGAACGUAGCCCAUUUUUGUUCACAGGUGUCCUGCAGCAGGAAAUUCUGCUGUUGUUACUUUUAUGUGCAACGAAUUAGCUUGUUUAUUUAAUUAUAUGGUGCGUUCCUCGUGUCUUGCUUUUUUAAAUAAAUGCAGCUGGUGGGGUUGGAAAAUAAGGCCUUUUCAGCUUGUGAACACGACCUCUCUGUGUUCUACCCAGCCAGUGUACAGUUAAAAGCCUUACUUGUGCGUUAUCUACAUUCAAAAUAUUAGCAUGAACUAAUGCUUUCUUUUUGUAAUGCUGUUUCUUUUGCAUUUAAUCUUUUGUAUUUGUAUUUUUCGGGAAUGUGAUGGACUACAAUGUCCUGAUCAAACUAAGACACAUACACAGAAGUGUCUGUAGACCGCUGUCAGUUCGGUUUCCAAUUGAGUUCACCUGAGUGAAAGUUGACUUGUAUAAAUGGAAGAUGCAGAGUUCUUUGUUCCAGAAUGUUAAGCGGCACACUCUCAUCAGUGUUUUUAAUUGUGUUGAUCAAAUUCCAGUAAUAUGAUAGAACUGGCUAAUGCACAACAGACACAUCAGUCUUGCACAAUUCAUACAGGAUUGUAUGCUGGCAACAAAGACACUACAUAAGCAUAUAAACUUUUGCAACAUGAACAUUUCUGCCAACUUUGUUUUUAGUAAUUAUAUUUACUAAACCUUUUUUGUAUCUUUUUAGGAUUUCAUGAAUUUUCAACAUGUACCCUAGAUGAUUGUAGUCAUUAUGUAAUCAGAUAAUCAUUUUUACAAUGAAACUGCUUUUUUUGUCAAAAGGUGGAGUCUGACACUUUACAAUGUGUUUCAGAUGUAUUUCACUUGCGUUUAACAUAUUCUAAGUUGUAGUUCUAUGAAAGUAGUUUUUAUUAUUUUAUUUUAAACAUGAAUGUCUGGUAGUUUCAAAACAACUGCCGUAAAUGCUUUGAUGGCUAUAUUUUUAUGUGGCCUGUGUAAAAUGUAUAUAUGUAUAUAAACAGUCACAGAAAUGCCUUGUUCCUUCUCUGUGUCCAUCGCUUGUCAUUUUUUGUGAUGUGGAGGUGUUGUUUUCUCCCCUCAUUUUUUAAAAUUUUAUUAUUUUAAAUUGGCAACAGUGUGUUCAAAUAUAAUAAAAUAUUUUUUACACCUUG